CCGACGUGCCGGCUCUCCCCUUGGUGUCUGGGACAAGGUGGGGACGGAGUGUGACGCAGGCCCAGCUCCAGGGGGAGGGCCUGGGGCUGGGUUGCUGAGCACCAGCCAGUGGCCCUCAGGGCCCAGCCCUCCAGAUAACAGGCAGUGGCAGAGCCGCAGCUGUGCACAACUUCCUCCUCUGCGAGCACACUUCCUUUCCUCCCCGGCUUCCGGACUGCAGCCAGGCAGUGGCGGGGGCGGGCCUGGAGCUGGCCUGGGGCCAUUCCUCCAAGUGUCCAACAGGGGCCUGGCCUGGGACGCCCUGCAGGACUCUGUCCUCCGCCUCCCGCCCCUCAGUGCAGCCAUGAGUGGGCCCCAAGCCCCAGGCCCAGGAGAGGCUGCUCUCCCGGCUCUCCUGGGGGACCUCAUCAGCUACUACCGAGAGGAGGCAGGGCAGGGCCGGCUUGGGGUCUGCCGGCAGGCAGCUCUCACCUGCAGGGCCCUGCAAUUUCUGGACACAAAGGGCCCUCCUGGGUUCUGGCCUGCCUGGGAUGUCUGCCCCAAGCUGGUGCGGGCCCUCGAGUUUCUGGAGCUGAUCUCUGUCAACCUGCUCCUGUUCCCCUGGAGGAAGGAAAUCAGGUCACUGAAGACGUUCACUGGGAGCUUCGCCUACUGGGUGCAGCCUGUGCUUUCCAAACACACUCUGGACACCCUUCUGGGCAGACUGGGCUAUGCAGCCACCUCUGAGGCUGAGUUUUCGCUGGUCCAGGCCAUCAGCGAGGAGGACACCAAGCAUAUGGUGUUUGACAUCUUCCUGAAAAGAAUUGCAUGUGAGGCCAUUCUUGGAACUCUGGGCAAGCAGAUCUAUGGGCUGGACAGAGAGAAACUCUCCAGGCCCCACUGCAGGCACAGUUCAGCCCACAACUGCUUCGAGGGGACCCAGCCAGGCCCAGGCUUGGGGAUGCCACAGCAAGGUCCCUUGGAAGGAGCAGGGUCUGGGAGGGCCCUGGCCAAAGGCACUGAAGAACAGAGCUGUCUACCUGUGGCUUUGAGCCUGUCUGAGGCCUCAACAACCUCUGGUGGGCUCCUCAGCGGCCCCCUGGCCCCCUUGGACCCCCAGUGCCACACCAGCUCCUGCUCGGACAGCGAGGAGUUCCUGAGCCGCUACAGUGACCUUGCCCUGCAUCAGACGCCCCUGUUCCCCAAAGACCUUCCCCUGGGCAGCCUGAAGGGAAACCAACCCCAGGGCCCAGCCCUGGCCCCCUGCCCAUCCUCGGGUGAGGUGGUCACACCCUCAGGUAGCAUCGAUGGGGUCACCAUCCCCGGCCAGCUCUGCCUAAUGCCAGGUCCCCAAUUGCCAGGGGAGUCCUUGGACCUGAAGCCAGAAGCAGAGCCGAGGCUGGCCACCCCUGACGCUGACGCUGCUUCCCCAAACACUUCCUCGGAGAUGGACGAGCUCUGCAAGCGUCUCUCCCAACUGCUUGGACGCCCAACUCCAGCAGGCCAUCCCUGGGGCUUCCCUGGCCCUGGGGCAGACAGAGGACAACCAGAGCCUCUCGUAGGGCCAGAGCCAGCUGGUGAGGGUGGCAGCCCAGGCAGCAGAGUCACUCAGCUCCGGAAGUCUAUGCAGGCCCCCUCGCACGUGCGAGAGCCCCCCCGGCACUCACUACAUCCCCCCGGAGGCGCCAGUUCCCAUCCAAGGACACCACCCAGGCAAUGGCUGAGGACGUCAACCCCAGUGUACCGAGCAGAUUGCUCCCACCAUGACGUGGCCACUGGAGGAGAUGCUGGGAGAGGUGGUAGAUCUGGGACCACGGUGGGGGUGGUGGGGCAGGGGAACAGCAGCCAGCCUGAGGCUCAGGGACCAAUCUGCCAACCCCAGCUGGUCUCAAAUUCCCCCCUGCCACCUGCUGACUGUGACUUUUAGCAACUCACUCCACCUUGCUGAGCCUCAGUUUCCUCGUCUGUAAAGGGGGUUGGGAGAGUUAGUGAGGCAAGGGGUGCAUAGCACCCAACAGUGUCUGACCCCGGGAAGGGCCGCCAUUGAUCUCCCUGUCCCCUUGACAUACCAGCUCGGUCGUGUGACUUUGGGCAAGUCAUCCUGCACCUCUGAGCUGCAGUUCCCUUCGACACUUCCUUAAGAUCCACUUCACCUGCCAUAUAGUGGAUUAAAAGGGAGAAGAGUUGUGCAGAUAACCAGAUGCGCAGUAAGCCCUUAAUAUGUAUAUGGUCUACUCUUAGCCUUCCUUUCCUCCCUAACUUCUUGUUGACAGAGAAAAACGCACAGCUGGGAGCUCAGAAUAGCUCUCCUUCCUGCUCACCAUCCAAGGAACAGGGCCUCCCAAGCCCACCCACCUGGGCUGCCAGCAUGGGGGCACCCAUUCCACCCGCCAUCUCCUGCCCCUAUAUACACACAUGCACAUAGGCACACCCACAUGCACACAGCGGGCACAUGCAGGCACCUCAUGUGUGCAUAAUCUUAGGCAUUCCUCAACAGAGAGCAUUCUUCCCCAGCCAAGAUCUUCAAUGUGGGGUGGCAGGUGGCUCUUACCCAGGGCUGGACCCUCAGCUUCCCGUCUGUGAAAUGGGGAGAUGGCCCCUGCCUCCAGGCCUGCAGUGAAGAGAAACGAGUAUGUAGGUACGGGCCUCUCCAGGGCAUACAGUAGGUACUUAAAUGUUGAUGCCUGCCUCACUCUCCCCAGAGCUGAACACAUGACCCUACCUCUUUCAGUCCUUAAGAUCAAGGGGGACCAUGAGUGGGAAGGAUUUAAGGGGAAUUGGUCCUGCCUCCAUUGCAAUCAGGGAGAACCAUCCACUGAGAGAGGUCCUUACACAGGCUUUCAAAGGAAAAUUCAGAAAGCAGUCUGCACUGGGGGAAGGAAGCACAUCCCAGCAAUCUUCGCACCCACCCACACAUCCAUCCAUUCUCCCCAUAUGCAUCCAUCCAUCCAUCCAGUCAUUCACCCACCCAUCUACCCAUCCACCAUCACAAUCACUCAGCACGGCGUCCAGCAGCCAACACUCAAGCUGGUGAGCUAUCAGUGUCUGGGUAAAGGGGAAGGUGAUGGGACCAGACCCCAGCCACAAUCCCAGGGUAGGAAAACAACAGGAACAGCCUGGGCCAGAGGCAGAGUGUCUGGGAAACGCAGGAGGAGGGAUGGGGCAGGAGACUGGACCCAGCCGGGAGCCACCGCAGCUGCUCUAAGACAUAUCCCCAGGGCAUCGCAGCAAAGGGGCCUGCGAGGACAGCUAGGGCCAAAGAUUCCAGGGGCAAGAAAGGCAAGCUAAUUCUUUUUUUUUUUCAACCUCUUAACCCAUAUUCAUUCAUUUCUGAUCACUAGCAUAAUAAGCAUGCUCUUCCUCAAACCGAAACAGAACUUUUGAUCUCCCCACACCCGCCAGCAUUCCCCAUCUAGGUAAACGACACCUCCAUCUACUCACUAGCUGAGGCCCAAAUGUAGACGUCAUGCCUUUUUCUUUCACUUUCUUCCACACCCCUGGUCCAGCCCGGAGCAUUCUUUUUUAACAGAGCCCAAUUCCCAACACUUCCCUCCUCCAUCCAGUCAUCUCACUCAUCGGAGCACCAGCAUCACCGCCAGCCUCCUCCCUGGUGCCCCAGCUUCCGCUCGUAUGCCCCUGAAGCCCACCCAGCUGCCGGAGGGAUCCCGUUGAAACCUAACUCUGAUCAUGACUGAUCUGCCUGGUUCCCUCGGGGGGCUUCCAAGGCCACGCCAACCCCUACAGGCUCAGCCCCUCCCAUACCCUCCCCAUGCACCUGCAGCCAGGUCGCCUGGCUUCAUCUAGGCCCUUGAACAUGCUAAGCCCCCCCCACCUCACGGCCUUUGCACAGACGGUUCCGUCUGCCCAGAGUGGGCUCUCCCCACCCCAGCCCCAUCUUCUCUCUUGUUCUUCAGGCCUCGCCUUCAAUGGCACCUUCUCAGAGGCCGGCCUGACCAUCCAUCUCUCAAACCUCCUUACCUUAAUUUUCUGCACAGGGAUUUUAUUCCUUUGUUCAUUCAUACCUUCAUUUUCUGUUUCCCUGACUAGAACACAUGCUCCAGGAGAGGGGAACUUUGUCUUAUCUCAAUCACCACUAUAUCCAAGUAUCCAGGUAUCCAGAAACCAUCAAAUGAAUAGAAAACUUGGAAAAUACAUGUAUCCAAUACUUUGCAACCACAAACAAUGUUGUAGUAAAUCACCCUGUGCUUGUGUAUCUGCAUAUAUUAGAAGUGGAUAUUAGAUCCUAGAAGAGGGAAUGCAGGGUCAUAAGGUAAGUGAGUAUGUAGUUUGGUUAGUUACCAAAUGUCCCUACAUGGGGGUUGUACAAAUUUGCAUUUAAACCAGCAGUGUAUAAGAGUGCUAGUUUCCCCACUGCCUCACCAACAGAAUGCAUCAUUUUAAAAUUUAUUUUUGCCAGUCUGAUAGAUGAGAAAUUGUAUCUCAGUGAUCUUUUACUUUGCAUUUUCUAAUUGAGUGUAUUUUUCAUAUGUUGAGGGCCAUUUAUAUAUCUUGAUGAAUCAUCUAUUCACAUCUUUUUCUCAUUUUUUUAUUGCAAUUUUGGUCCUCUAUCCCUCAACUUUUAAGAGUUGUUUAUGGAUAUUUAGGGACAUUAGUUCUUUAUGAUAUAUAUUGUAACUAUUUUCUUCCAGUUUGUCUAAUUAUCUUUGGACUUUGUUUAUGGUAACCAUGUUUCCUUUUAGUAUUUCUAGUAUGGUUUCAUUUUUGACAUUUAGAGCCCUAAUCCAUUGGGAGUUUAUUCUUAGGUAUGGUGUGAGAUAUGGAUCUAAUUGUAUCUUUUUCCAAAUGGCUGCCCAGUUGUUCCAACAUCAUUUAUUAAAAAGUCCAACUUGGACUGAUAUGAGACGCCA